GUUUCGUGAAUAGCUAUUCGUAGCUCGUGCUUCGUCCGCAGGCGUGGAUAUCGGCAGUGUUAGCGAUAUCGGUGGUUAUGUUAGUGAGCAGUAGUUGUGCCAGUAGCCGGAUCGUGUGUUUGCGUAGUGUGGUGUAGUCGUGAUGCGGCGUGUGGCAGAGCGGUCUGCGGCGGCGGCGGCGGUGGUGGUAAUGAUGGCAUGGGAAUGGCAUGGGGUUGUGUAUAUAGUGUAUGUAUGUGUGUGUGUGUGGCGAGGUGUGCGUGGCAUAUCUCUUCUUCCUUGGUCUCCUUCAUCUAUGCGAGCUCCAAGAUUUCGGGUUGGACUUUGUCUUCGUCUUCGAGGGUCCGUCACCGUGCUUCCCGUGCUGGUGGAUGCAGUUGCAGUAGCUGUCUUCGACCACCGAGGAAGCCUCAGAGAGUCAAUCGCUGCCGCUGCUGCUGGUCCGCAGCGCGUCGCGCGUCGUCACGUACACGCCGCUCUUGUCGGCCGGGUUGCGCACGAAGAUGAGGCUGCUCGACGGCGACCGCGUCUGCGACCGCUUGUGGCUCGGCGCCCGCGAGCUGCUGCGCGACUUCGACCGGCUGUGCCCGCUGCAGCUCGACGACGGCUGCUGGACCUGAGACUUGUGCAGCAGCAGCUCGACCGCCCGGUCGUUGGCGCUGUUCAGCUGCUCGCUCGUCACGUCCAGCCGCACCAGCAGCGACUGCACCUGGUCCGCCAGCCCGGGAACCUUGGCCGCCUCGGCGCGCAGCUCCGCUACCUUGGCCUCGAGACUCAGCUUCUCGAGCUUCAGCGUCGCGACCUGGUCCGCCUCCGCCUGCAGACCCCGCGCCUUGGCCUCGAGUUCGGCCUUCUCCUGCGCGAGCUGGCUGACCUUGUCGGCUUCCGUCCGGAGGCCUGCCUUCUCCCGAUCGAGCGUCGAGAACCUGUCUUCGAGCUCCCGGAAGCUGCUCUCGAGCCUCGAGAUCUCAGAAUUCUGCUCGACAGCUUUCAGGCGAGCCGCAAGUCCCUCCUUCUCGUCCCGUAGGGUCCUGGUCGUGUCCUGGUAUCUGUGGACGUCGGCCUCGAGGCCCCUAG